AUGAUUUCAACAAUCGGCACAACAACAAUUCAAGCCGCGAACGGCGGGACUCUGUCCACAACAACUUCACCAAACUCGUUAGUCAUGAAUCCAACAUCUAUGUUAGUAGAGAUGAAAAGCUUCAUUCCUUCUUCAUAUACUUUCGAAACAGAAAUACAAAAAAUUAAGCAAGAACUUUUAACAAGUAAUUUAGACUGUAGUGCGAAAGAUGAAACAAAUGAACAGUAUCUUUAUGAAAUGGAGGACAUUAUUGACCAUUUACCUAAACUACCUGAAAUUCAGCAUCAAAAACUAACUAUUCCUGAAUUCGACGAAAUUGAAGUCAAAGCAACUGACUCAGUAGAAAUAAAGAAGUUCAUACGUAAAGUAAAUUAUGAAUUCCUUGGUUUUCAUUGCAACCAUAAAGUUAUGGACAAAGAUUGCGACAUGGUUUAUAAAAACAUUUCUGACAUAUAUAAAUCUGAAGAAUUUAAGACCUACGACAACUUUGUUUCGUUAGUUGCUGAAUGUGUUUGGGAAAUAAGAGAUAAAGAUAGAAGAGGCAAAGUAUGGAACGAACAAAUAAGACCCGCUAUGUUUGAGAUGAAGAGAGCAAUUGACGCCUUAGUUGUUCUAGCAG